UUAACCUGAGAGGUCUGUAUCUGUCCAUCUGCAGGGCUGGGCGGAGCUUCACCUGCUGCAGCGCUCAGGUGAGUCGCUGCUGGAGGACGGCGCUACAGAGCAGAGCUACAGGGUCCUCAGAGAGGAGGGACAGCAGCUGCUCAGGUUAACACAGGUGAACCGGAGUCUGUACAGAGCUGAAGACUCCUCUCAGUCCUGGAUCAAGUAUCUAGACUACAUCGAUGACAAAGUCCAGGACGGACUGUUCCAGCUGCUGCUCAGAUCUCUGCACUUCCUGUCUGACAACAUGAACCCACAGGGCUGCAGGGCUGCGUUGUUGGCGGUCCGUCUGGAGCUGCAGGAAACAGGGAGUGUGUUUGAGCCGUCAGUGGGCGGCGGCCUCUCUGACCUCCUGAAGACCAUCAUCACUGACGUUUACACGGCGGCCAGUCUGCCGCCCAGGAUCUCUGUGAGUCGUCAGGACAACUAUCAGGUCUCACUGCAGCAGAGUCCCAAGCUCUCUGCGUUGGAACAGGAAGUGAUGCGUCGCCUGCUGCAGGUGAGGGAGGAGGCGGAGCGUCUGAGGGCGGGGCUGAACAGGUACUCAUACCUGUGGCAAAGCAACAGGAGGCGGGUCAUGCAGGAGUUCCUGACCUACAGCAGGCAGCUGGGACCCGAGGAGCUGGAGGCCGAGAAGACUCCGCCCACCCUGAAGGACUUCCAGAGAGAGAUUGAGUCGCUCCAGAGAGUGAGCGGAGAGGUGGUUCACCUGGAUGAUGUCAUCGUUCUGCACAACUGGCUGCAGGUCGACCUCCGUCCCUUCAGAGACUCCCUGCUGUCACUCAUCUACGACUGGAGACACGUCUACACAGAGUACCUGCUGGCCUCAGUCAGGAACAGUCUGCAGCAGCUGACCCGGCGUGGUGGCAGUGAAGAGUCCAGGUUCCCCCUGACAGAGACCAUCAUCCUACUGGAGGCCGCAGGAGUCGAGCUGCCUGAACACCUGGCAGCACAGCUACAGUGCUGACGGGCUGCAGAGGACGCGGCGGCUCAGACGGGAGACGUUCAUCGGUUCACAGGUUGAUUUAGAGCUCACAGUGUUCAGACGUGAUGAUUAAAGGUUUGUGAAUGAACUCUUUGUACCUUCAGUCUAAACAACAGGAGAAGAAGAGCAGCAGCUGUUUAAACACCUCAUCAACACUUCUCUCAUCGUUUAGUUUGGCUUUAAGAUUUUAUUCACCUGAUCAACACAGAGAUGCCUCUGUUAUUCAGCCUGCCUCCAUUUAAAGAAAGGGGGUGGACAAAAUAAUAGAAACGCCUCUCUGUGCAACAGUGAGUUCAGCAGCUGCUCCACAUGUUCCUAAUAAACUGGACACUCUGAGCAGGGUUUGUUUGUGGUUGGUUUACACCGGGAAAGUGACUAAAUGAAUUCUCCCACAAUGCACUGCCCAAAGGAAAUGGAGGGAAGCAUCAACAGUAGAUGGUGUGUAGAGAAGAACUGAGCGGAGUCAGACUGAAGCACGUUAAUGUGUUCAAAGUGCUGAGGAUGCAGCACGCAGUGUUAGACACAAUACUAACAUGGGGGCAGCCAUCUUUCUUUGUGAACUUCUCGUCGACCUCCAGAUGUGACUUUACUGGGACAAACCAUCCCGUACUGAACCCAGGGGCUUUCAUGUGGAGCUGGUCCCCCUUUGCAGCUUCUUCCACAAGAAGAGCGUUAGUGAGUUCAGACUCUGUUGGACGAGAGGACCCGGCUCUCAGUCUCUGUCUAGUUCAUGCCAAAGGUGUUGGACAGGGGUCAGGUCAGGGUUCUGGGUGGGCCGGUCGAGUUCUUCCACACCGAACUGGGAGACCAUUUCUUUAUGGAGCUGCUUUGUGCACGAGGGCGUCGUCUUAUUGAAACGGGAAAAGGCCAAACACAAGCUGCUGUCCUAAGAUUUCCCUUUAAAAACACACACCAUGAAAACCGAGCCACUCCCUGAAGUAUCAGGGCUCCCGCCGUCCUGGAAAAUGAUUUUAACAUGUUGCAGCAGCGUUGAGUCAGGGUGGACGACAUUAAUUCAAGUCCCUGAAACUCUGAAUAAUGUCAGUUUCAUUAUACUCCAACGGUAAAUAUCAGUCCCUGCUGGCUGCUGACGGCUUUAUAAUGUUUCCUUCUCAACUUGUUUUAGGCGCUUUAAAAGGUUAAAUUGGUUUAAGGUUUUGUUUCAGCUCUAGUUUUGGUUUUGUAGAGCGAUGGUUUCAGAUGGGCUGAGAAAGUUGGAUAAGAAUGAAGCUCAGGUCAGAACUCGGGUUCGCAGCGUUUGGGCUCAGGACCACAGUGAUGUUAGAAAACCGGAGGCUGUUAUUUGUUCAGUUACUGGUGGUCAGGCAGCAGGUCAAAAUAUAAUUCAUGAGAAACGCACUCGUAAAGCACAGAACACAGAGAUGCUUUCCAAAAGAAACAACGAACACAAUGACCACACUAUAAAAACAUAAUGCGUCAUUCCUACGCAGAUGAUUUCAUAGAGAAGCUGCAGCCCCGUCAUUAAAACCAGACUUCAGCAUAGAGGAACACGUCUGUCAGAGCAGCUGGAUCAUCACUGAACAUGAUCUCUGGAUAAGAGAGGCAACCCCGAGGAUGUGGAGAGCGCCGUCCAUAAACACUGUUCCAAACAGGAAAUGAACGACACGAGCGGCUGAAUGUAUUUCUACCACCAAGAAGCUGUGAUUCAUUUAGACUUUCCUGCUCAGACAGACACACGGGUCCGGUUUACAGCCUGGCGCUGGUCCGACCCGCUUCAGAAACCAGAACGUCCGAGUCCGGAUCAGAGGUCAGAGAGAGCUCCGCCCCGACUGCUGACAUCACCACACAGACAGAGGCGGCGGCCAAUCAGAGGGCAGCUAGCGACGGUAGACUCCAAAGGCGACCAGGCUGAGGAAGAUGGUGACUCCGACCAGCGAGGCGGUGGCCGGGGCGGUGAAGAACUGCCGGUACUGGAUCUGACAGUACCACAGCACCGACAGCAUGAGGACCAGCAGGGGGACCAUCAGGCUGCCCACGUUCAGAGCCACCUGCACCUGGUCGGCGGGCCGCGGCCCCCCCGCCGCCCUCCCGCUGGCGUGCUGAGAGAUGUGACAGUGCAGGACGCAGUUAUGGACCAGGUUCAGAGAGGCCAGAGUCUGAGCGUCGUCCUGCAGCAGCUGGCCCUGAUAGAUCAACCGGACCUGCUGCUCCUGGCCCGCAAAGUAGGUCCUGAAAGGGAAGAGGUCAGAGGUCAAAGCCAGCCACAACACUGCUCAGCAUCCACAAGAGUCUCAGAGCAGGAAAUCACGGAGACGAGGAGCGAGAGCGUUCUGUCAUCUGCAGAAUGGCGAGAUCUCAGCAGGUUCUGGUUCUAUGUGGCGAAAGAACCCAAGCACUGUGCUACUGUCGGGAACGAAGAGGCCUGCGUUUCUGUAACGUGGAGGAUGCUGCGCUGCCAUCGGCUGUGAAACAACGUGGUCACAUGACGGCAGAUGAUGUUUUAUACUUCUGCGUCUGUUCUACGCCGUACUCAUGCAUUUAUACUGCAGUUACAGCAGAUGUGUAGUUACAUGUUGGGGAGGUGCACAACAGAUUCAGCGCAGAAGUAUAAAUGAAGCUUUACUUCCAGUCUAAAUGUGGUUCGUUCCUCACAAACACAGAAUAAAACGGUUCUGAGAUGUU